UCAGUGCUAUAUUUUCUGCUUAACGUGUGUUGGUUCUCGUGUAUCAUCCAGAUGAGGUGUCCUUGCACCCGGGCAUUAGCUAAUUAAUGAACCACCAUAGUUGCCUCUUCUUCCCUUUGUAGUAGUUGGCGAGUUUUCCAGUGUCCGAAUCUGAUACUGAUUUGGCAGAUGUGACAAGUGUGUCCCUGAGUCAGGAAAAGGGAUGGUUUUAACUUAAAUCAUUAAGAUUCUAGAACCAUUAGGAUGGAUCAUAUUUCCAGUUUAUUUCAGUCGGAUAACCCUAAACUGUGGCAACAAGUAUCUAAUAUCUACUGGGAUGUUAUCUCAGUGAAAUCUGAGAAGAAGAAAAAGCUGCAAGUGCUGGAUAAGUGGUACCAGGAGGAGUUACCUUCCUGUAUCACUACACGCCCUCAUAAAUAUUUAACUCUAGAAGAGCUGGUGAAACUAAUGGAGUGGAAACUGAUGAGGGGCAAGUUCCGUCCUCGGUUGCAGCAGUUGGUGUCUUCUCAUUCUGAAGGGGUCGUAGAGAGCUGCACUGCCAAAGCUUUCCAGCUCCUUCCUGAUGUUUCAGCUGCUAUCACUGAGUUGUGCCAGCUGAAAGGUAUUGGCCCAGCUACGGCCUCAGCUGUUUUGGCAGCAGGGGCUCCGGAUAUGACGGCUUUCAUGGCAGAUGAAGCAGUGGAGAGUGUUCCAGGACUGACCCCAGUACAGUACACACUAAAACAUUAUCUGCGUUACCUACAGGAACUGAGGAAGAAAGCUGGAAUAUUGAACAAAGCAUCUGAUGACAAAUGGACACCCCAUCGGGUAGAACUUAGUCUGUGGGCUUUCAAAGUGGCACAGAAGCUUUGUCCAAACCUCCUUGAGACUUCAGUAAAAGAGGAAGGCGAUGAAAGACCCAUUAAAAAACUGAAGACUAAAUAAAUAGGAGGAAGAACUAGAUGUCUUCAGCCAUGGCGAACCAUGGUGUUUCAGAACUACAUUUCCCAUGGUGCUUGACUCUACUUCAGAGUGCCUAAGCAUCAUGGGAAAUGUAGUUCUGAAAUAUCUGGAGUUCAAAGGUUCACCAUCAAUUAUCCAGUUUCUAAUCUCACCCUUUAACCAGAGAACUGCGGCUGUCUAUUGUUGCUCAAAAGAAAAAACAUAGAAAUAGAUCAAAACAAAUUAUUUUUCUUUCACACUCUCUUCCCUGAAAGAACAGACUUAUCAAAUCUCUGGAAAUUUCAGAGAGAAAAGGGUAAUUUGCUUAUUAAUAAGCAUUGACAAAUCGUUUAGAAUAAGACACAAGUGCCUACAGUUCAGUGAGAAUUUACAAAUUGUUUUGAGUAUUUCUAGAAUUACAUUUGGAAUUUUGCAACCUUGGAUUUAAACUCAACGCUGUCCAAAAAAGAUUCAAGUUAAAAAAAAAAAUGACAGCAGGAAAGAACUUUAUAUUUUGCUCCUCAAUGCUGAAUAUAUUUUUGUAUUGUAAAAACAAACUUUAUUUUGUACAAGGUGUAGAUUUUACUUGGAGUUAUUUUUAAGCAAUUACGGUUUUGCAACCCCCCUCCCCCCAAAAAAAACCCCAGCAAUGUUACAAUGUUUUUUAAAAAAAAAAAAAUAACUAAUGGGCACCACAAUGUUUAUACGCCCAUAGAAAAUACAUUGCUCCAUCAAAAAAAACUUCCCUUGCACAGAUUUUUGUGGUUGUAUCUGUCUUACGCUUAUACCAUAUUUACAGUACAGUGUCACUUUUUUAAAGGGACAUGAAACCCACAGUUUUUCUUUCACGAUUCAGAGCAUGUGCUUUUAAACAAUUUUCCAAUUUACGUCUAUUUCAUUUAUUUUGUUCUUUUGGUAUCCUUUAUUAAAAAAGGAUACCUAGGUAAGCUCAGGAACUGCUGAUUGGUGGCUGCACAUAUAUGCCAAAUGUCAUUGGCUUUUAGCUAGCUCCCAGUAGUGCAUUGCUGCUGCUUCAACAAAAGAUACGAAGAUAAUGAAGCAAAUUGGAUAAUAGAAGUAAAAUUGAAAAAUCUGAAAAAGGAAACAAAUUUUUGGGGGGUUUCAUGUCCCUUUAAGUGAUCAUUGUCUGUGUCAUUGUGUUGGUCGGAUGUAUUCAUUUCAUUUAUAAUAUUUUGUAUGAAUGGUAAAAUAAAAAUAAGAGCUGACGGUUCUCAUUAUCAAGCUAAUACUUAGAAAUACUAUUCAGCCGUCUUUGAGAAAAUGGGGGGCAGAGAUGACUGCACUCUAAACUAGAUAUGUUACUGUAUGCAGCUGUGUAAACCUUUUUUUCUUAAAGGGACAAUGACUUGUUAUACCAGAUGCAGAGUUUAUAUUGCAGAGGAAAUUGCUUUUAGGUAUAUUUUUUUUAAAUGAAAUAGCGUUUUCUCUGAUAAUUGAAACCACAGCCUAAUCAAAUGGGCUGAGCUUCACAGGAGAGCAAACAUUAGCUUAUCUCUCUUGUUUGCACAGUUUUUCUGUAACCAGUACUUAAGUAUUGACAUUUUUAGUAUAGGUGGGGAUACAACAUGCAAACCAGGUAUUUCAAAUGACAAAAUAAAGGUAAAAGCUAUUUGUAAACAAGUUAAUAUACUCCAGCAGGUAAAAUGAAUAAUAAAUGUAGAUAAUCACUCAUUCCCUGGUUUUGCAUAGCCAACGCUGUUUUUACCUCUAUGAUUGCCCGUAUCUAAGCCUCUGCCCUUGCAUUUUAGCCAAUUAGUGCUAGUCUCUGCAUAACUCCACGGGAGUAAUAACAAUGUUAUAUACAUGGCACACAUGAACUAGUACUGUCUGGCCGUAAAAAGUUAACAAAAUUCACUGAGAUAAGAGACGGCCUGCAGGAGCUUAGAAACAGGCAGAGAGAGGUUAUAAUGUAUAUUAUUAUAACAGUUUUGGUUGUGCAAAGAUGGGGAAUGGGUAGUAAAGGCAUUAUCUAUAAUUUUAAACAAUAAAAAAAAAAAAAUUAUAAUGUCCCUUUAACACAGUCACAAUUAUGUGAUCUCCUGUAAAACCCGUACUGUUACAGACACUCACGCCAGUGCAAGUGAGAAAUACAAUUGACUAAAAAAAUCACUCCAUUCGUAGAUGUUGUCUUAAAGUAGUUUUCCUGCAGAUGCCCAUAGCUGUACAUAAUAUCAUGUAUCCUCAUAUUUACAUACGUAUGUGCCUAUAUAUGUAUGAUUAAGUGCCUGUGAUAGUCAUGAAACGCGUAAGGGUGUUUGCGGUCUGCCUUUAAUUUUAAUGCUUCAAUAAAAGUUAUCUUUUAUCACUA